CCGCGCGAAGGUCACGCGCGCAAGAUGGCGGCGGGGUCCGGCGGCUGCCGGAAAUGUCUCGUCAGCGGCAUGUGGCUCAUAUCCGGCAGGUACCCGGUCCCCGCGGUCUACAGUGCUGCAGCCUACAGGUCAAGCAGGCCUGUCCUAGAGCUCUAUCAGUCCAGAUGUUACUCUUCUGGAGGAAGAAAGGGUUUUAUAUCAGGUUUUGUGGAGAACAUCAAACAGGAGUUAGCGAAAAAUAAAGAGAUGAAAGAAAGUAUUAAAAAGUUCCGCGAUGAAGCUAAAAAGCUGGAAGAAUCUGAUGCACUCCGAGAAGCAAGGAGGAAAUAUAAAACCAUUGAAUCUGAAACUGUAAAGACAUCUGAAGUGAUUAAAAAGAAACUUGAAGAAAUAACUGGUACAGUUAAAGAGAGUUUGGAUGAAGUAAGUAAAAGUGAUAUUGGCCGUAAGAUAAAGGAAGGUGUGGAAGAAGCAGCAAAAACAGCAAAGCAGUCUGCAGAGUCAGUGACAAAAGGAGGAGAGAAGCUCGGCAAGACAGCAGCCUUCAAAGCCAUUUCUCAGGGAGUAGAAACUGUUAAGAAGGAAAUAGAUGAAAGUGUUUUAGGGCGGACAGGUCCUUACAAACGUCCAGAGAGACUACGAAAAAGGAAAGAAUUCUCAGGCGAGAAGAUUAAAGAGGAGCGAAUAUUUGAAGCUAACGAGGAGGCCAUGGGUGUGGUGCUGCAUAAGGACUCAAAAUGGUAUCAACAGUGGAAAGAUUUCAAGGAUAACAACGUGGUCUUCAAUAGRUUCUUUGAAAUGAAGAUGAAGUAUGAUGAAAGUGAUAACGCUUUUAUUCGCGCUUCCAGAGCUGUCACAGACAAAGUCACUGACUUAAUAGGUGGGUUGUUCUCGAAGACAGAAAUGUCCGAGGUUUUGACAGAGAUACUUAAAGUGGAUCCAUCCUUUGACAAAGAUCGUUUCUUAAAGCAAUGCGAGAAUGAUAUAAUCCCCAAUGUCCUAGAGGCUAUGAUGUCUGGAGAACUUGAUAUCCUCAAAGACUGGUGCUAUGAAGCGACUUACAGUCAACUUGCUCAUCCAAUCCAGCAAGCCAAAGUCAUGGGUCUCCAGUUCCACUCCAGGAUUCUGGACAUCGACAACAUCGAUCUGGCUAUGGGGAAGAUGAUGGAGCAGGGACCAGUAUUAAUUAUCACUUUCCAGGCUCAGGUUGUGAUGGUGAUUAAGAACCAGAAAGGGGAAGUGGUGGAAGGUGAUCCGGACAAGGUUCUGCGGAUGCUGUAUGUGUGGGCACUGUGCAGGGACCAGGACGAACUCAACCCUUACGCUGCUUGGAGAUUAUUGGACAUUUCCUCGUCGAGCACCGAGCAGGUUCUUUGAGCAGAAUUGCGUCCUCGAGCUUCCAGUACCUCUCCCAAGGCAGGGCMGUCUCUGAACUCGCACCACCCUGCUGCAUGAUGAAACGGGGGCGCGGGAGUGGGGAGGGCAGAGGCUGCAUUGGCUCCUUUGCAAAAGAGGCUCCUAGGAGUGCCAUCAUUGUACCAGGCCCUAUUAUGAACUGGAUGAGUCGGACAUGAUCUGCCUUAUGCUUUGCUGUGUAGCAAUUGCACUGUAAGGGUGUAUGGUAGAUUUAAAUGUGAAUGAUAUAAGACACUAGCAGCUGCUGUUGGCUCUUUUUUUUUUAAUUUUGGCUAAAGGAGGAUGAUUUUGUUCCUCUGUGUUUCCCAGUGCUUCCAGGGUUGGACAGAGGUGGGUAUCUGAGAGCACAGCCGCAGUGUCUGGUCUACUUUGCAUCUACUGUCACCGUCUGGUGGCCUCACAGCAUCCUGAGGUGCUCUGAGGGAACACAGGUCACAUCUAACAUGCCUUUCUCAUGUAAGGUUACACCAGUGAGCCUUCUGUUGCUGCAAUGUCUUGCACUUUCCCAAACCAAAUACAAUUAGGUCUUUGCAACUCUUGGUUGUGGGGGGCACAGCCGUAAUGGAGGUGCUCAGAUCCCCGGGCAGGUUCUGAAGAGCAGCUGCACGGGUGAACCUUCCUGCCAGCGAUGAUGUUCAUCCUGCAUCCCCAACUCUGCCGGGGGAAUUGUGUUCCCAGUGUUCUUCCUUGCAUCACCCAGUGCCACUGAAAAGCACAUGGCUCUGCCUGCAGAGCAAGCGCUGGAGCAGUGACCAGCAAUAAGGGUUGGACAGAAGAGCAACAGAUGAACAAUUAAGAUGCGAAAGGAGGCA